AUGGAAGUUCCAGGAAAAGUGAUUGGUGGCAAAGUUGGAGGAAAGGUGGGAGGUAAAGUCCUUGGUCUUGGAAAAGGAGGAAAGGGAAAAACAGGUUCUGGUAAAACCAAGAAGGCACCACUGUCCCGAGCAUCGCGAGCAGGUUUACAAUUCCCAGUAGGAAGAGUCCACAGGAUGCUAAAAACGAGAAUUUCUUCCGACGGAAGAGUUGGAUCAACUGCAGCUGUUUACGCAGCGGCAAUUUUGGAAUACCUCACUGCCGAAGUUUUAGAAUUAGCAGGAAAUGCAACCAAGGAUUUGAAAGUGAAGAGAAUUACGCCCAGACAUUUGCAGCUAGCCAUUCGAGGUGACGAAGAGUUGGAUACACUUAUAAAGGCAACUAUUGCUGGAGGUGGUGUCAUUCCACACAUUCACAAGGCCUUGAUGAACAAAGUACCAGUGCCACCCACCCAGGCUAAGAAACCAAAGAAAAACUAG